AUGAAUCAAUUUCUAAGGAAGAUCAUAGGAAUUACAGACAAGCAGUAAAAGCCAACAUAUUCAGAAACUUAUGAAACAGAGUGCAAUAAAGCUAAGAUAAAAGAAUAUGAUGGGGAAGUUUAUUCAGGGUUUUUAAAAAUAAAAUCUUCAACAUAUCCUUCUUGUAUUGGAUAUUUAUUCUAUGGUGCUAAAGGAAUUAAAAAAUAAGACUUAAAUAAAUAUCCUACAAUUAUAUGGUUGUGUGGAGGUCCUGGUAUGUCUUCUUAGAAUUCAAAUUUCAAUGGAAUAGGCCCUUUAUAUAUCAGAGAAGUUAAUAAGGAUGUUUUUAAAAAAAUCAAAAAUGAAAAUUCUUGGACAAAUUAUUUUAAUUUGGUCUUUAUUGACUAACCUAUUGGUGUAGGCCUAUCUUAUGUUAAAAUAGCAAACGAUAUCCCUGCCACGUUAGAGUAACUAGCUAAUUAGUUUUGUUUGGCUCUACUUGAGUUGUAUGAUAAUGAAAAAAGUUGUAUGAAGUAAUUAGGGAUAAGCAGAACUGAUAAUCCUCUUUUCAUAUAUGGAGAAUCGUUUGCUGGUAAAUACAUUCCUUCUAUAGCAGAAAAAAUUGUUAAGGAUGGAAACUAAUUUAAUUUAGUUGGUGUUGGGCUUUUGGAUGCUAACAUAUAGCCUUUUUAUGUAAUGUUAGAAUAAAAUCAAUACCUGUUUGAUUUAAAUCUAAUCACUGAAGAAAAAUAUUAAAACAAUUUGCUAGUAAUUGAAGCUUUUAAAUCUCCCCUUUCUUCUAAAGAUAACUUGACUCUCCGACAAGUUUACUAGUAAUAUCUUAACUUUACUUUUAAAAAUGUAUCUGCAGAUAAAAUCUAUAACUAUAAAACCUGCAAUAAGUAAUUCAGUAAUUUUAAUUUAGAUGCUUUUAUGAAUUAGCAGUAAACCUGUGAUAUGUUUAAACUUACACUCAAAGAACCAUACAACGAAUUUUUUGAAGAAAGCUACAAUUUUCUAAACUGGAAUAUUGUUCAAGAUAGCACUCCUAAAAUUGAGUUUCUUUUAAACAAUAAUAUUCACGUUCACAUUAUGAAUGGUGAUUUGGAUUUACUUGUUCCUUACAAAAGCUAAUAACAAUGGAUAGAUAGACUAAAUUGGCUUCAUGCUGAAAAGUUUAAAUCUAUGGAAAUGCAAACAAUAUUAAACAGUAAAGGAGAUAAAAUCAGUUCCUCAAAAUAAAUUGAAAACCUCACUUUUGACAUAGUAUAUGAGUCAGGUCAUUUUAUCUGCUUUGAUCAACCUUAAUCAGCUUUGAUGCUUUUAAAAAAGAAUAUCUAGCUAGUCUUAACUAAACUUAAUCAAAUAAAAUAAUGA